CCGCACACUCCACGCCACUCUCCAGUCAGGACUUCGGUGUGUCCGGGCGGGUCCACCAGCACCAGCAGCAGCACAAGCGGAAAAAGCCGACGAGAUGCGGGCGCCUCUGCUGCUGUUGGCCGCGCUGUGCGCGGUUCGGGCCGCCGCGGACUCGGAGCCGGUGACGCUGGUGCAGGAGGCGGACGCGAGCCCCGCGGACGAGUCGGCCUUGCUCCAACCCAAAGUCCUGAUCGCCAUCGUGGCUCGCAACGCGGCGCACAGCCUCGCUCACCACCUGGGAUGCAUCGAGAGGCUGGACUACCCCAAGGAGCGCAUCGCUAUCUGGGCCGCGAGUGACCACAACGUGGACAACACCACGGCCAUGUUGCGAGAAUGGCUGAAGAAUGCUCAGCGCGUCUACCAUUACGUGGAGUGGAGGCCCAUGGAGGAGCCCAGGUCCUACACAGACGAGUGGGGUCCGAAGCACUGGUCCACAUCUCGGUUCAACCAUGUGAUGAAGCUGAGGCAGGCAGCGCUCAAGGCGGCCAGGGAGCGAUGGGCCGACUUUAUCCUGUUUGUAGACAGCGACAACCUCCUGACCAACCCGCGUGCGCUCAACUUGCUCAUUGCCGAGAACUUGACCGUGGCCUCCCCCAUGUUGGAAUCCCGCUCCUUGUACUCCAACUACUGGUGCGGCAUGACGCCGCAGGGCUACUACAAGAGAACCCCGGACUACCAGCCAAUCAGGGAGUGGAAGCGUCUGGGCUGCUUCCCGGUUCCGAUGGUGCACAGCACCUUCCUGUUGGACUUGAGACGGGAGGCCAGCCGGGAGUUGGCCUUCUACCCGCCUCACCCCGACUAUAGCUGGGCCUUUGAUGACAUCAUGGUGUUUGCAUUCUCCGCACGUCAAGCGGGCGUGCAGAUGCAUGUGUGUAACAGAGAGCACUAUGGCUUCCUUCCUGUCCCCCUCAAGGCGCACCAGAAUGUCGAGGAUGAGCGCGAGAGUUUCAUACACACCAUUACGGAGGCCUUGAUUGACCACGAUAUUGAGCCCUCUGAGCACCUGUACUCGCCUCCAUCGCCGCGGGAUACCAUGGGUCUGGAUGAGAUCUUCCUGAUAAACCUGAAGCGUCGGCUGGACAGAAGAAGCCGGAUGUUGAAAACAAUGUCGGCGCUGGGCCUUCAUACCACGCUCUCGGUCGCGGUGGACGGCAAAGCUUUGAACACGUCUCAGCUGCAAGGGCUGGGAAUCGAAAUGCUGCCCGGCUACAAGGACCCAUACUCGGGCCGGGUCCUGACCAGAGGCGAGAUUGGCUGCUUCCUUAGCCAUCACUCCAUAUGGAGCCAGGUGGUGGAGCGUGGCCUUCAGAAAGUUCUUGUUCUAGAGGACGACGUGAGGUUCGAGCCCCGCUUCAAACGACGACUGCAGGCCAUCAUGGACGACGUGGACAAAGCCCAGCUGGACUGGGACCUUAUCUACGUGGGGCGCAAGCGCAUGCAAGUGCAGCAGCCCGAGCGCUCGGUGGACGGCGUCAACAACCUGGUGGAGGCCGACUACUCGUACUGGACGCUGGGCUACGUGCUGUCGUUACAGGGCGCCACCAAACUACUGGACGCCAAACCCUUCUCUAAGAUGCUGCCCGUCGACGAGUUCCUGCCCGUCAUGUUCAACAAACACCCCAACGUGGACUACAUGUCCCACUACGAGCCGCGAGACCUGCGGGCCUUUUCGGUGGAGCCGCUGCUCAUCUAUCCCACGCACUACACGGGCGAGCCGGGCUACAUCAGCGACACCGAGACCUCCACCAUCUGGGACGACGAGGCCGUGGCCACCGACUGGGACCGGCAGCACGCCCGCAAGACCGCCCAGCAGGGCCGCAUCCGGACCGUGGCACAGAACAGCGUCACGGGGGACUCGCCGCCGCCCGCCGCCAGGGCCUCGCGAGACGAACUGUGAAGUGGUGGGAGUUUUUUUUUUUUUUUUCGACGCGCGUGCCAUUUUGGAGCGGAGACACUGUACUUGCACGAGACGAGGAAGGGCCUUAAUUUAUUAUUCCCAGUGUGCCUUCUUUGAAUUUACCCUAUCUCCUCAAAUAGUGGCCAUCAUCCUGUUAGGACGACUAAAUGACGUGACUUCCUCAAAUAGAUGACUCCUUUUUCCAUCACGCGGGGGGUGGGGGGGGGGAUGAAUA